AUGUACAGUUUUUUGAAGAAAAGAGAAUAUGGACAAAUUAAUCCACUGAAAUUAGAAAGAGCCGUAAUAACUAAAAGAGUAUACAAAAUACAAUUAAGUGGAGUUAAUUCAAUUAAAGUUGAAAACAUUGAGCAACGAUACUUAUUAACAGGUGGAGGUGAUGGUAAAGUACAUGUGUAUGAUUUAGCCACAGUUCCUGCCAAUCAUUCAAAGAAUGAACCUAUAGCAAGUACUCCAAGAGAGGAGAGACAUAAAUACGCUGUCACUUCGGUGAGCUGGUACCCGUUUGACACAGGCAUGUUUGUAACAUCAAGCUAUGACACAACUAUUAAGAUAUGGGAUACAAAUACAAUGAAGUCAGCUUAUGAGUUUGAAUUAGAGUCGAGAGUCAAUUCUCAAGCUAUAUCACCUAUUGCCUCACAUUGUUUAGUGGCCAGUGCGGCUACUGAGCCUAGAAUUAGGUUGUGUGACUUGAAUAGUGGAGCUUUUACACAUUCAUUGACGGGUCACUCUGGAUCAGUUUUAUCAUGUAUAUGGUCUACAAAUCAUGAAUAUAUGUUAUAUUCUGGAGGUAUGGAUAGAACAAUUCGUGUUUGGGAUAUAAGACGUGCAUCAUCUUGCUUAAUGUCUCUUGAUCAAGAGAAUGCUAUUGAUCGCAACCCUUUAGCAGAAACAAAUUCGGCACAUGGAAAAGGAAUAAACGGUUUAAUCGUAACAGGAGAUGGACGAUAUUUAGUAUCGCUUGGGCUAGAUGAAAAGAUUCGGUUAUGGGAUACAAAGACGGGACAUAAUACAUUUGUAAAUUAUGGGUCCAGUUGGCGAAAUAGAUAUAAAUUAUGUUUACAGGCAACUAUAUCUAGUCCUGAUGUUUGGCCACCUCUAUUGUUUAUACCAAGUGAUGACAGACAAGUUCUUAUUUAUAAUCUACUAGAUGGGACAUUGAUUCGACGAUUAAAAGGAGCUUAUGGAAGAGUGAUUUGUGUUGAAAAGAGAGAAGCUUAUCAAGAAUUUUAUAGUGGGUCAAAUGGUGGUGAAAUAUUAACCUGGGAGCCACCUAUGAAUGAAGAAAAUGGAGUGGAAGUUGAUGAGGCCGAUUUAGAUUCAUGGUCUGCUAGUGAAGAAGAAGAAGUAGAGACUUGA